GGCCUCCAGGUGAGGCGCGGCCGCCUUGGGCCUCUCACUUCCGCCCAGGUGAGGGAGGGCCGACGGCGAGCCCUCCCGACCCAGGCUGCCACCCGCGCCUCCUCCGGACCAGGUGAUUUACAAGUGAUUGCAGAGUAUAAUUCAAAAUGCCUGAAAAUCCUGCUACAGAUAAACUGCAGGUCCUGCAGGUGCUCGAGCGCCUAAAGAUGAAGUUACAGGAGAAGGGUGACACUUCUCAGAAUGAGAAGCUAUCUAUGUUUUGUGAGACACUGAGGAGUCCUCUCUUCAACCAGAUCCUCACCCUUCAGCAGUCCAUCAAGCAGCUGAAGGGACAGCUCAGCCACAUACCCUCGGAUUGUUCAGCCAAUUUCGAUUUUUCAAGGAAAGGCUUGUUAGUGUUUACAGAUGGCUCCAUUGCUAAUGGGAGUGCUCAUAGGGCCCCUAAUAACUUGACUGUUUCUGGAUUAUUUCCUUGGAGUCCAAAUUUGGGAAAUGAAGACUUUAACUCGAUCAUUCAACAGAUGGCUCAGGGCCGGCAGAUCGAAUAUAUUGAUAUAGAGCGGCCGUCAACUGGAGGCCUUGGAUUCAGUGUGGUGGCACUUAGAAGUCACAACAUGGGACAAGUGGAUAUCUUUGUGAAGGAAGUGCAGCCGGGGAGUAUAGCGGACAGAGAUCAAAGAUUAAAGGAAAAUGAUCAGAUAUUGGCCAUUAAUCGCACACCCCUGGAUCAGAACAUUUCCCACCAGCAAGCGAUUGCACUAUUACAGCAGACCACUGGAUCUUUGCGAUUGGUUGUGGCCAGAGAGCCACUCCACUCAAGAAACAGUACUUCUAGCUUGACAGACACUACCCUGCCUGAAACCGUUUGUUGGGGCCAUACUGAAGAUGUUGAACUUGUUAAUGAUGGUUCUGGACUAGGCUUUGGAAUAGUCGGAGGAAAAUCAAGUGGCGUGGUUGUGAGGACUAUAGUUCCAGGAGGGUUGGCAGAUCGAGAUGGAAGACUCCAGACAGGAGAUUAUAUCUUGAAGAUUGGUGGCACAAAUGUGCAGGGGAUGACGAGUGAGCAGGUUGCACAAGUUCUGAGGAACUGUGGAAACUCGGUCAGGAUGCUCGUGGCUAGAAACCCCAUUGGCGAAAUUUUGGUGACUCCUCCUACUCCUACGGCUCUGCCUGUUGCCCUGCCAGCUGGAGCCAACAGGAGCUCUGGUUCUGACAGUUCUCUUUUUGAAACAUAUGAUGUUGAGCUCGUUAAAAAAGAUGGACAGAGUCUUGGAAUUAGAAUUGUUGGCUAUGUUGGUACAUCACAUUCAGGAGAAGCUUCUGGGAUCUAUGUGAAAAGUAUAAUACCUGGCAGCGCUGCGGACCACAAUGGCCACAUUCAAGUGAAUGACAAGAUAAUUGCCGUUAAUGGUGUAAAUAUUCAGGGUUUUGCCAACCAGGAUGUUGUUGAAGUGUUACGACGUGCUGGGCAGGUGGUACACUUAACAUUAGCUCGAAGAAAGACCUCCUCAUCUACUUACCCACUUGAACUACCUUCAGACAGAGGAAAUGUUGUAGAAUCACCAAAAUCACCAACUGUCUUUCUAACUGGAGCAGUUGAAACAGAAACUAAUUUGGAUGAUGAAGAUGAGGAAGCUGAAGAAAGAAUAAAUAAUUUAAAAAAGGACAACCUGCAAGCUUCCGAAAAACCAGAAAGAGCCCUGGACUCUCCAGAAAAUAAGUUGAAAUCCAGAUGGGAAAGCCUCCUGGGCCCUGAUUACGAAGUAAUGGUGGUGACUUUGAACACACAGAUUGCAGAUGAUGCUGAGUUACAAAAGUAUUCUAAGCUUCUGCCUAUUCACACUCUGAGGCUUGGCGUGGAAGUGGAUUCCUUCGAUGGGCACCAUUACAUCUCUUCAAUUGUUCCUGGCGGUCCUGUAGAUACCCUGAGUCUCCUACAGCCAGAGGAUGAGCUGCUUGAGGUCAACGGCGUGCAGCUCUAUGGAAAAUCUCGCCGAGAGGCUGUUUCCUUUCUUAAAGAAGUGCCACCUCCUUUUACCUUGGUUUGCUGUCGGCGAUUGUUUGACGACGAGGCCUCAGUGGAUGAGCCAAGGACCAGUGUACCCUGCCCUUCUGAGAAGGAGGUUGACCACAAUACUGAUGUCAGUGUUGAAGAUGAUGAUGAUGGUGAAUUAGCACUAUGGUCUACUGAAGUCAAGAUUGUGGAGCUGUUGAAAGAUCACAAAGGUUUGGGAUUCAGCAUUUUGGAUUACCAGGACCCUUUAGACCCAACAGGAUCGGUGAUUGUGAUCCGCUCUCUGGUGGCAGACGGUGUAGCAGAAAGGAGUGGAGAACUAUUACCCGGAGACCGCUUGGUUUCAGUCAAUGAAUACUGUCUGGAUAACACCACACUGGCCGAAGCUGUGGAAGUAUUGAAAGCUAUACCGCCAGGCACUGUACGCCUUGGCAUCUGUAAGCCUUUGGUGGAAGAUGGUAAAGAAGAAAAUUGUCAUAUUUUACAUUCAAGCAAUAAUGAAGAUGAGACUGAACCUCCAGAAACAAUUCAUGAUAUAAAUUCUUCUUUAAUACUGGAAGCCCCCAAGGAAUUUAGAGAUGAGCCAUAUUAUAAAGAAGAAUUCGUGGAUGAACCAUUUAUAGAUUUGGGAAACACUUUCCAGUCCCAACCAAAAGAGACAGAGCACAGCGAAGAGGCCUGGGAAAUGCACGAAUUUCUGACUCCUCAGUUGCAGGAUGUUGGUGAGGAAAGAGAAAUGCUUGUAGAUGAAGAAUAUGAGCUGUAUCAAGAUCGCCUUCAGUCCAUGGAGUUGUAUUCCUCAUCACGUCUUGAAGAAGCGAAUCCUGUGCCCUCUGUGAAUGAGCUCCACUUUGAUACACACUUUGGUACACAGUGGCACUGCAGUGAACUGCCUGAGUCUCAAAAAGCAGGAUUGGCCAGGAAUAUGUAUUCCCAGGAGACACAGCCAUAUGACUGUGACACUGAAAACAUGAUGAAAGAAAAUUUUGGCCUUGAUUCCCCAACAUCUUCAUCACCAACUAAAGGAAACGAUCAAGAAGGUAGAUUUGAUGACAUAGAAGAUCUCAACUCCUUGGCAAAAAGCAGUCUGAAUUUAGAGAUGGUGCUUCCAGAUGAUGUGCAGGAUCCUGGCAUGCUCGCUGACCUUCCUGCUGCGGCUCAGAGAAGGGAAGAAGAUGUGCCUUUAUACCAGCUCCCCAGGACUCGAAUCAUGUCAAAGGCCUCUGCACACACAGCAAUGUUGUCUUCUAGAUAUGCCACUGAUGCCUGUGAGUUACCUGAGCGAGAAGAAGGUGAAGGAGAAGAAACCCCGACCUUCAGCCAUUGGGGUCCACCAAGAAUUGUUGAGAUUUUUAGAGAACCCAACGUGUCUCUUGGAAUCAGUAUUGUUGGGGGUCAGACUGUUAUAAAACGCCUGAAGAAUGGAGAGGAACUUAAAGGGAUAUUCAUCAAACAAGUUUUAGAAGACAGCCCAGCAGGAAAAACUAAUGCACUGAAAACUGGAGACAAAAUACUGGAGGUGUCGGGAGUAGAUUUGCAGAACGCCUCACAUGCAGAAGCAGUGGAGGCAAUAAAGAAUGCAGGAAACCCUGUGGUGUUCGUUGUACAGAGCUUGUCAUCCACACCAAGAGUCAUUCCUAAUGUGCAAAACAAAAUCUCGAAAAUCACCAAUGACCAACACCAAGAUAUACAAGAAAGAAAAGAAAAGAGGCGAGGAACUGCCCCACCUCCAAUGAAACUGCCUCCUCCUUAUAAAGUUCCAGUGGAAGACAACGAUGAGGAGAGCGAAAAGGAGCAUGCAUUUACUGACAAAAAAAUCAGGCAAAGAUAUGCCGACCUUCCUGGAGAGCUACAUAUUAUUGAACUUGAAAAGGAUAAGAAUGGACUGGGACUCAGCCUUGCUGGUAAUAAGGACAGAUCACGCAUGAGCAUAUUCGUGGUUGGGAUUAACCCAGAAGGACCUGCUGCAGUGGAUGGACGAAUGCGCAUUGGAGAUGAGCUGUUAGAGAUAAACAAUCAGAUCCUCUAUGGACGAAGUCACCAAAAUGCCUCUGCCAUUAUCAAGACAGCUACAUCAAAAGUCAAGCUGGUUUUCAUCAGAAAUGAAGAUGCAGUAAAUCAAAUGGCUGUUGCUCCAUUUCCAGUUCCGUCAAGUUCCUCAUCAUAUACUGAGGAUCAGAGCGGUCCAGAACCUGUGAGUGAUGAAGAAGACGAUGGUCUCGAAGUUGAUGUUAAACCGUUGCCUACAAGUGAAAGCCCAAACCUGGUUGUUAGCCCAAUGAAACAACAAAAACGUUCAACGAAAGUCUCCUUUGGUUUGCGGGAGGUAUCAUUAGCACCGACUCCUUCGUCCCAGGCAGCAGAGGCCGACUUCACGGGCUGCGGUGGCUUCCAGACACCUCUGUCAGUGGACCCUGCAACAUGUCCCAUUGUCCCUGGCCAGGAAAUGAUUAUAGAAAUCUCCAAGGGACGUUCAGGACUUGGCCUCAGCAUCGUCGGAGGAAAAGACACACCUUUGGAUGCAAUAGUUAUACAUGAAGUCUAUGAAGAAGGAGCAGCAGCCAGAGAUGGGAGGCUUUGGGCUGGCGACCAGAUACUGGAGGUUAACGGCGUGGACCUGCGGAACUCCAGCCAUGAAGAAGCCAUCACAGCUCUGAGGCAGACGCCGCAGAAGGUGCGCCUGGUGGUGUACAGAGAUGAGGCCCACUACAGGGAUGAGGGAAACCUGGACAUCUUCCCGGUGGAUCUGCAGAAGAAGGCAGGCCGUGGCCUGGGCCUGAGCAUCGUGGGCAAACGAAGCGGGAGUGGAGUGUUUAUUUCUGACAUCGUGAAAGGAGGAGCUGCAGACCUGGACGGGAGAUUGAUUCGGGGAGAUCAGAUCUUAUCUGUGAAUGGGGAUGACAUGAGGAACGCCUCGCAGGAGACGGCGGCCACCGUCCUCAAGUGCGCACAGGGACUUGUGCAGCUAGAGAUCGGAAGACUCCGAGCUGGGUCCUGGGCCUCCUCAAGGAAGACCUCGCACAACAGUCAGGGUGAGCACAGCGGCAGCCGGCCUUCGCUGGCACCUGUCAUCAGCGGCCUGCAAAACCUGGUCAGCACAAAACGGUCUUCAGAAGCAUCCCAGAAAAGCGCAGGCACAGAUAUGGGACCAAGGACUGUUGAGAUCAUCAGAGAGCUCAGUGAUGCCCUUGGAAUCAGCAUUGCUGGAGGAAAAGGAAGUCCCUUAGGAGAUAUCCCGAUAUUUAUUGCCAUGAUUCAGGCCAAUGGAGUGGCCGCUCGGACACAGAAGCUUAAAGUUGGAGAUCGGAUUGUCAGCAUUAAUGGGCAACCUCUGGAUGGGCUGUCUCACGCAGAUGUGGUUAAUCUGCUGAAGAACGCCUACGGACGCAUUAUCCUGCAGGUUGUGGCAGACACCAACAUCAGUGCCAUAGCUACUAAGCUUGAGAACAUGUCUACAAGCCACCACCUUAGCUCGCCCGUGGCCGAGCACCAUCCAGAGGGCUCAGAAACACCUCCACCUAAGAUUAUUACUUUGGAGAAAGGCUCUGAAGGAUUGGGGUUUAGUAUUGUAGGGGGUUAUGGAAGUCCCCAUGGAGACCUGCCAAUUUAUGUCAAGACUAUAUUUGCAAAGGGAGCAGCUGCAGAUGACGGCCGAUUAAAGCGAGGUGAUCAGAUUUUAGCUGUUAAUGGCGAGACUCUGGAAGGUGUUACUCAUGAGCAAGCUGUCGCCAUCCUAAAACACCAGAGAGGGGCUGUAACCUUGACUGUGCUGUCGUGAGCUUCAAACCCUCAUCACAGGAUAGCUGUCUAGAACAUUCAUUGGUCUGCUGUUUCCUUUUGGAAGAAAGAGAGAAAA